UAAUGAAUAAGACAAACAAAUAAAAGAGUUGAACUUUAUAUACUCUGUUGAGUGUAUUGUAAAUCAUAUAUUUAAUAAGUAAAAUAAUUUAUAUUGGAAUCCGAAAUAAAAAGAUGAUGAGAUCUGUUUAUUUUUUAUACUUUCUUACAAUUGUAACAUUUGUUUGUAGUUUUGAUGACAGUGAUCGUGAUAGUGAUUUUUACAAAUACUUCGAUUCAAAACCAAACAAACAUUACGACUAUUCAUCGAAAGAUUAUUCACCGGAAGAAUUUGGUGAAUCUCAUGAAAGAGAUCACGAUAAAAAACAUGAGAAUGAACGAAGAAGUGAUAGCAGAGAAAACGACUAUGAUGAUUUCCCGAAUCCCCAUAAAAUACAUGAUACUGAUAGAGAGAAUAAUUAUGGUGGAGACUAUUAUCAUGGUUACGAUAGUGAUGAUUAUCACCGAAAUCACAAUGAUGAUCACUAUAAUGAAGGUGAUUAUAAUCGUCAUAACUCAGAUGGAGGCUAUCCAGAAGGAGGCUAUCCAGAAGGACGCGAUCCAGAAGGAGGCUAUCCAGAAGGACGCGAUCCAGAAGGAGGCUAUCCAGAAGGACGCUAUCCAGAAGGACGCUAUCCAGAAGGAGGCUAUCCAGAAGGACGCUAUCCAGAAGGAGGCUAUCCAGAAGGAGGUUAUCCAGAAGGAGGCGAAGAACAUCCUAAACCAGAUGACGACAACCGCCAAGAAAAGAAAUCUGUUGAACAUUACGAUCGAGAUUACAAACAAAAUGUAUACGACUAUCAUGAAAAUUUAUUCAGUAAUUGGGAUGAUUAUAAGCCAGAUAAAAAUACUGAUUAUCAGUAUUACGAACCGAGACGAAAUAAUGAGGAUCCAAAUGCGGAAUGAAGUAAAGAAAGUGAUACUGACCAGUUAAAGAGAAACAUUACAAUGUUACUAUGAAACUUAAUAAUUUGAAUUUUGACAUAUAGAACUAUGUAUAUAACAAAAUUGUGUAUUCUUUCUUUAGGGUGACAAAAUAGUCAUAUAAUAUAAUAAGAUUAUGAAUCCAUAUUUUAAGUCAUGUCAUCAUAAGUAUGUAAUGAGUUAUUGCUAGUCUUAUUUUUUAUUUCGUAUGAAGUAUAUAUCA